GUAUCUGAUGCGCACUCCAAGGUCCAUCGAGAUGCCGCGGCCAUGAUGCUCAUCAAGCUCGGCCGCUCGCCAGACGAAGUCAUCACCGUGUCUCCCGCCGACGACGCCCGCAUCCUCCGCCGUAUCGACCUCGCCCUGCUUCCGCUCAUGCUUUCCGUAUACUUCUUGCAGGCUCUCGACAAAGCUACGCUGUCGUAUGCCUCCAUCUUCGGCCUCAUCGACGACACGGAUCUGGUGGGCGACGAGUUCUCGUGGCUGGGGAGCAUUGUUUACCUCGCCCAGCUCCUCAUGCAGCUGCCCUUGGCGUGGGCGUUGGUCAAGCUGCCAAUUGGUAAAUUCACAAGUGCCAUGGUCUUUGCUUGGGGAAUAACCUUGACGUGCAUGACAUGGGCGCACAACUUUGGGCAGCUCAUGACAGCUCGUUUCUUCCUGGGUGCCUUUGAAGCUUGCGUGGGGCCGGCCUUUGUUGCCAUAACGCAGAUGUGGUGGAGACGCAGGGAACAAACGCUGAGGAUCGGGUCGUGGUAUUGUAUGAACGGUCUGACCUGGGUGUUUGGAAGCCUCAUCACAUAUGGGCUUGCAAGCAUAGAUUCACAUCUCAAGCCUUACCAGAUCAUCUUUCUCUUCUUUGGCGUUGUCACGGUCGCAGUAUCCGGAGCCAUGUUCUUCUGGAUGCCAGACUCGCCUACUGAGGCCAAGUUUCUCAGCGAUGAAGACAAAGUUCUCGCUAUAGAGCGCCUUCGCAACAAUCAGAUGGGAGUCAUGUCACGAGAAUGGAGAUACGCCCACUUCUUUGAAGCUCUGCGGGAUCUAAAGACCUGGCUGUGGGUUAUCAUGAUCUUUUGCAUAUCAGUUCCUUCUAACGGCAUCUCAACGUUUGGCCCGCUCAUCAUCAAAUCUUUUGUCACGGACCCCUACAAAACCAUCUUAUUUAACGUUCCUGUUGGGUUGUCGCACGUCUUGGCUGUUUCGUUGAGCGCGUAUGCCUCAAUGAAGUGGAAGGUCAAGGGGCCAGUCAUUGCUCUUCUGUGUAUCCCCCCAAUUGUUGGAUUUUCUAUCAUGCUGCACUUUCCGCAUGAUACUGAUCAUAGAGCCAUUUUGCUUGCCGGAUACUUUUGUCUUUCCACAUUUACCGGCAUCACGCCACUUAUAUACUCUUGGUCCGCGCAAAAUACAGCUGGAGAUACGAAACGGAAAUGUACGUCAGCAAUGGUAUUCAUAGGAUCGUCCGCUGGCAACAUCUUCGGGCCCUUGCUCUUCACGCCUGACGAAGCCCCGGCCUAUUCACGGGGCUUACGGGCGAACAUUGUAUUUUUCGCAUUGGUCCUUCUACUCGUCGGCAUCACAUCGCUUUAUCUGAAGCAUCUCAAUUCCGACCACGCCAAGCGAAGAGUGGCUCUAGGAAAGAGUGCGAUUGUUCUGGAUAUGAGUCUGGAGACGGCAGAAGAGGAGAAUGGUGUGCAACCUGACGAUGUCAGAGGCCGAAAAGCCUUUGCCGACAUUACUGACCUCGAGAACGAGGACUUUGUUUUUGUGUUUUGA